GCGCAAAGGGAUGAAAUAUUGUAUUCCUUGCCGAGUUUUCGCGAAAGGACAAAUACAAAAAUAUUCUCCUAAGAGACGACAUGUCAAUUAGGGCUUUGGAAUAACAACAAUUUUCGUACCGCUAACCGGGAUGUUCACCAAAAUGAAUAAUAAUUAUUCAGCAUUUCUUGUUAGCUUGUCGCUAAUGCUUUUACUAAAAAACAUGGAUGUGGGGGCCAAUAAUAUGGACUCGGGAAUAUAUGGGUUUCAGCAAUCAUCAGGAAUUUGCCAUUUAUACAAUGGCACUAUUUGUCGAGACGUUUUGAGCAACGCCCACGUUUUCGUGUCACCUAAUCUUACUAUGAAUGAUUUAGAGGAGCGAUUAAAAGCCGCCUAUGGAGUAAUUAAAGAAUCUAAGGAUAUGAAUGCUAAUUGUCGGAUGUAUGCUUUGCCUAGUUUGUGCUUCAGUUCAAUGCCAAUUUGUAGAACUCCAGAACGCACGAAUUUAUUGUACUUCUCCAACGUGGCUACAAAUGCCAAACAGUUUAAACACUCCAACUUCACUAUACGACGCAAAAGAACUAAAUCAAAGGAUAUUAAGAACAUAAACAUAUUUAAAAAGAAAUCCACCAUAUACGAGGACGUGUUCAGUACCGAUAUUUCCAGUAAAUAUCCACCCACCAGAGAGUCUGAAAACUUAAAGCGUAUUUGCCGCGAAGAAUGUGAACUUUUGGAAAACGAACUUUGCCAGAAGGAAUACGCCAUUGCCAAGAGGCAUCCGGUAAUUGGUAUUGUGGGAGUGGAGGAUUGCCAGAAGUUACCGCAGCACAAGGACUGCCUUUCCUUGGGUAUAACCAUUGAGGUUGAUAAAACUGAGAACUGCUACUGGGAGGAUGGUUCAAGUUAUAGGGGCGUAUCAAAUAUGUCGGCAUCCGGAAAACCCUGUUUACGAUGGUCCUGGUUAAUGAAAGAAAUUUCCGACUUUCCCGAGCUUAUUGGUCAAAACUAUUGCAGAAACCCUGGCAGUGUCGAAGGCAGUCCCUGGUGCUUCGUGGAUUCUUCACAUGAGCGCAUAAUUGAGCUCUGUGAUAUCCCAAAAUGUGCAGAUAAAAUUUGGAUUGCUAUUGUGGGAACGACAGGUGCUACUAUUUUCGUUUUCAUUAUAAUAUUUGCAAUCAUACUCUUCAAAAGACGAACUAUAAUGCACUACGGAAUGCGAAAUAUUCAUAAUAUUAAUACACCCAGUGCUGACAAAAACAUAUACGGCAAUUCGCAACUGAAUUCGGCUCAAGAUUCUGGACGGUCUAAUUUGGGAAACUUAUCGGAGCAUGUGGCUUUGAACUCCAAGCUCAUAGAACGGAAUACACUUUUAAGAAUUUCCCACUUUACUCUGCAAGAUGUGGAAUUUUUGGAAGAACUGGGCGAAGGAGCAUUUGGGAAAGUGUACAAGGGGCAGCUACAACAACCUAACAAAACAACUAUUACUGUUGCUAUAAAAGCAUUAAAGGAAAACGCUUCUGUGAAGACCCAACAAGAUUUUAAGCGCGAAAUCGAACUUAUAUCCGACCUUAAGCAUCAGAAUAUAGUGUGCAUUCUUGGAGUUGUCUUGAAUAAGGAACCCUACUGCAUGCUUUUUGAGUACAUGGCCAAUGGCGAUCUACACGAGUUCCUCAUCUCCAACUCACCCACCGAAGGCAAAUCGCUAACUCAACUAGAAUUCCUGCAAAUCGCCUUGCAAAUCAGCGAAGGAAUGCAGUAUCUUUCUGCGCAUCAUUACGUCCAUCGGGAUUUGGCUGCUCGUAAUUGUUUGGUAAAUGAAGGAUUGAUUGUGAAAAUCUCCGAUUUUGGACUUUCCAGGGAUAUAUACAGCUCAGACUACUAUCGGGUUCAAUCUAAGUCACUACUACCUGUACGAUGGAUGCCCUCAGAGUCUAUACUGUAUGGAAAGUUUACCACAGAGAGUGAUGUUUGGUCGUUUGGCGUGGUUCUUUGGGAAAUCUACAGCUACGGCAUGCAGCCAUACUACGGAUACAGUAACCAAGAAGUAAUAAAUCUCAUACGGUCUCGCCAAUUGCUAUCGGCCCCAGAUAACUGCCCAACUGCGGUUUACUCUCUUAUGAUCGAGUGCUGGCAUGAACAAUCAGUAAAACGUCCAACAUUUACAGACAUUUCAAACCGUCUAAAGACUUGGCACGAUGGUCAUUUUAAAUCAAGCAAUACAGAAAUGUAAGCUUACACAUUUAUAUCCAGCUAUGCAUUUUCAAAGAAUGGACUGUAUCAUAAGUAGAAUUAAGUAAUUUAAUAAAUAAAAGUUCUUAUAAACCAUUGCA